AUGACAUCCCACCUCGCCGCCGUCUCCUUGGCCAAAGGUGAGCCAUUCGAGCUCCAAUCUCGUCAAACGCCAAAACCAGGCCCAGGAGAGCUCCUUAUCGAGGUCAAGUCCGUGGCUCUCAACCCGGCAGACUGCCACAUGCGUAAACAAGGCCUUUUUAUAGCUAGGUACCCCACGGUCAUCGGUUUCGAUAUCGCAGGGAUAGUCCUCGAGAUUGGCGAAGAAGUCCCCACCGGCGCGACAGACGAAGGUGCAGGCCCUGUAUUCCAACCGGGAAUUACCCGUGUUGCCGCCUAUGUAGCGGCGGUCUGGAAGGCCUGCGACCCUGAUUAUGGAGCUUUUCAGGAGCGAUGCCUCGUCCCCUGGCAGCAUGCCCUGCCUCUUCCAAAUAAGGGCAUCUCUUGGAACCAAGCAGCCACUUUACCAGUUGCCGGUCAGGUACCCCUCAGCGCGUGGGAUAUGAUGGGAGUCCCCCGAGUGGGAGAAACCGUCAAUGCCAAUGUCAGUGAAGGAACUCAUCAAAAUAAGAAUCAAAAGACAGAGGCUCUUCUAAUCUGGGGCGCUUCCUCAAGCGUGGGCACGAUGGGUGUGCAAAGUGCCCGAGUUCUGCGAGACGAUAGCGACUCUUCUAUCGCCGCGGUGUAUGCCUCGGCCGGCGCAGCGAAUCAGAAGUACAUAGGUGCCCUUGGUGCGGAUCGAGUUUUCGAUUACAAGGAGCCGCAGGUGGUAGAUGCAAUCGUUACCGCGGCGAGAGUGGAUGGCCUGGUAAUUCGGCACUGUUUUCUUGCCAACGGGGAUCUAACGCCGUGUCAGGCGGUGUUGAAAGCUUUCACUGGAACUGGCCAAGAUAGGAAGGAUAAAAAGGCGAAAAUCGGAUCAGCCCCGAUUGUCCCUCCAGAUGCGCUGGAGGUAGAGGAUGUGGAAACCAUUUUUGUGAUGCCAUCAAUGGAUGAAGCAGAGAGAUUAUCUCAGUUCCGAUAUUGGAUGGGCUGGCUGAUGAAAAACCUGGCCAACGGAAACGUCAAACCGAGUCCAGAGCCAAAGGUCAUUGGAAAGGGCUUAGGAGCUAUCAAUGCUGCGUUGGAUGAGCUCAGCAGGGGCGUAAGCUGCACGAAGUUGGUUGUUGAGGUCGCAGCAUAA